CCAUCCGAGCUCCCAACAACCAGUGUAAUAAUUGUUUAUCACAACGAGGCGUUUUCGACCUUACUGCGCACUGUAACCAGUGUUAUCAAUCGCACUCCAAAAGAAGUUCUUAGAGAAAUCAUUUUGGUGGACGACUUCAGUUCCAGGAGUGAGACUAUUUGCUUUCAUUUGAUUCUAACAUUUCGACUGAAGUUUCAAACUGAUGAAAUAUCAUUUUUGAAGGAUGAAUUGGACAAAUUUGUUGCUACACUGAGUGCGCGCAUUAAAAUAGUACGUGCGCAACGUCGAGUUGGCUUGAUUCGAGCUCGUCUUUUGGGGUCAGCAGAAGCCGAAGGUGAUGUGUUGACGUUUUUAGAUUCGCAUUGCGAAUGUACAAAAGGAUGGAUUGAACCAUUGCUCACCCGAAUCAAAGAAGAUCGGUGGUACGCUUCACCGCCAGAAAUUUUGAAACGCCGUGCAAGUGAUCCAUCGACUCCAAUAGAGUGA